AUGCCGGAUAAGUUCGAGAUGCCGCUUUCCCAACUUGACGCUUCUAGGGAUGAGGAUUUCCAGCAGAGAUACAUCACCAAUUUUUUCCAGAACAUUGACCAAGCGUAUGCCAGUCUAACCACACAGCCCUCUGGGCCUGGUACCAUGCACGGUCCACGCCGGUACUUGCCUCACGGGCAGGUGAUCGAUCUGUUUUGGGAGUAUGUGGCAUUUGAGAGCUAUCAUGGGCAUCAACCAGCCUCUCUAGCAACAUUUGCACGUACAUUCAACAAAGUAUAUGGCUCCAAGCACCUCCGCUUCAGAGAGGUGGCAGAGCAUGCCCAGUGUGAUUCUUGCUCCAAGUACAAACAGUCCAUUGGUCAGGCACGCACUGCUGAUGAAAAAACAAGGCUUCAAAGGCAAUAUUCCGGCCACUUACUUUCACAGUGGCUGGACAGACAGUUCUAUUGGGCUGUCCGCUCUCUCAGCCAAAGCUUCUUCUCCACCCAGAUUCACUUGGUGAAUAAGCUAACAAUGCAGCUGUUGGAGAGCUCCAUCAAUGCCUUGUGCAUUGAUGGAAUGGACCAGUCGAAGUUGAAGACCCCUCGGCUUGGUUACAAACACCGGGCUUCCAAAACAUUUGAGAAGCUCUACCGGCCAACACUACACCUCACGGUGUGCUGGCUACACGGGCACAUGAUUGAGAUGGCCGUGGGGGAUGAGGAUAUGAAAAAGAAUUCGGAAUCCCAAACAGAGAUCAUGGCAAGGUGCAUCAACAAUGCUUACCAUGAGUAUGGUGGAUUACCAGCCGGCCUGCAUUUGCAGGCCGACAACUGCUUUCGAGAGCAGAAGAACCAAUACAUCAUGUCAUGGGCAUGUUUGCUGGUCACAAUGACAGUUUACCGGGCUGGCGGGGAUGUCAUGCUCAUCACAAAACGGUGGCUGGCCGACAAUGAGAUCUUGCAAAUUUUUGCUUUGGUCCCUGAAGCCACGGCUGCAGAAAUGCGCCGAGGCAUCCAGAGACCCACUGGUGUUGCAGCUAGGACAGCGGAGCCCGAGCCUGACGAGAACAUGUUCCAGAGCUCUGACAAUGAAGAGCCAGUAGAAUCUGGAGGCCACAUCUUUGAGGAAUCUGAAGCGGAGGCUCCAAAGGACAUGGACAAGGUUGAACAUACUUUCCUAUGUGAGAACGAUACCAACAAGCUUGAAUUUCUUUACCGGGCUUUUCCUGAUGCUUGCCACAUCUUCACAGAUAUGGUCGAUGUUGCAAAGGGUCGUGCCAGGGACUUCAAGAAGUUGGGCCAUCCAUUCAUGCCAGUACCAGAGGUCGACCUGCUUGUGUCCGGCUUCCCAUGCGUCUCCAUCUCCAUGUUGACGGUGACCCCAGGAUCCAUCAACGACAAGACAUGCGCCAGUGGAAAUGGGUUUUACUGUGUGCAGAGUUACGUGAAGAAACAGAAGCCAUCACUGAUCCUACUAGAGAAUGUGAAGUCUUUUACGCACAAGCGUGAGGUUGAUGGUGGACAGCGCCCAGUUGACGUGGUUGUGAACAAACUCACCCGACUGGGAUACCUUGCAAGCUUUGGUGUUUACAACACGGCAUCCUACGGAAUCCCUCAGUCCCGGGGUAGGACAUACAUGGCCUUCAUUGCGAUGGAUGAGUCUGGGACCAAUGACGCCUUUGAGACUCGUUUUCGCACGAGUAUGGAUUCCUUCAAGUUGAAGCCAUGCAGCCUGUCCAUGUGUCUAGAUCGUUCCGGACCAGACAUGCCCUUACGCAAACCUCCUACAUCCAAGCGGCCAAAUCAGCCACCUCCAAAAUGGAAAGAUGAUUUCAAGCGCAAAGCUGAUGAAAUUGGACCGGCUUACACGCAGCAAGCCUUGAAAGACUUGAAGGAGUUGCCAAGCCUUCAGCUACCUGAGCGGGAGCUGUCCAUUUUGGCGGUUGCAUGCACUGAUUUGUGGGUCACCUAUGGCAUUGAUGUCUGGCAAGAAGAGGAAACGGUUCUCCUGCAAGGCAUCGGCUUAGAGGAGUACUACAAGUUGCACAUGAACACGCUGUCAGAACGCUUGGUCAAAUCCUUCACUGGAAAUUCGUCUUUUCUGGGGAUGAGCGAGGUUGUUGCUAUUGCUCGCAGCAUAGCAGUGUCCAGAUUCCGGGAGGGCGAGAUGCUUUCAAUGCGCUUGGACCACAAGCUCCAGCCCAAGGACCACCUUGACAGCCAGAUUGGCGUGCUAUGGAUUGAUGACGGCUGCCACAAGGCUCUCGCGGCCUUCAUCAACUUGCUUGGGCUUUUAGCCAUUGCCAGCAGCUUCAGUGAUGAAUCCUUGCAGAACUCCAAUGUCAAAGCUUUGCUCGAGAGCUUGCUGCGGAUUCCUUCAGUUCUGAAGGUGGUGCCAGAGGAUGAUACCAGUGCAGUGUCAGGACAGAUUGGUCGCAUAAUCAAACAGAAUGCUGAUGCACAGGUGCAGCCUGUCUCCUCAUUUGAUUGGGCACUGAUGCUGCAGGGCUUGCAGAAAAGCGACGCUAGCUUGACCUACACUGCUGCCCUGGCCCUCUACAAUGAGCACCCACUGGUCAAGGAUGGAUCCUCGGGCAACGGCUCUGUUUCCAUUGACAACAGGAAGGCAGCUGCGAUCAAGCAUUGGAUGGAGGGGUCAACGCCAGAGGUCCUUUCCUUGCUUCAGAAGUCUCAGCACGACAUCCCAUUUGCUAUGGGACCUUGGGGCGAGGCCUUGGCGCAAUUCCCAUGGCUUUUUGUGGGCAGCACCGUGUCCCUUCCAAAGGAGGAAGCUCAGCUACCUGACAUGCAGCCUUUGGAGGGAGAGACUUGGAUCAGCGUGGACUGGAGCCUUCCUUUGACCCCUGAAGCUCAUCUUGCUCUUUUUCAGAGGAUUGAAGCAGACUUUGCCAUUGCCACCAGCCUGGUGACUGAUGUCAAGGCCAAGAAGCGCUAUCGUGCAAAGGAAGCUGACCUCCUCGUCUUGCGCAACACCAUUUCUUUGUGGUUUCAGCUCAAGGACCACUGUGGAACCAAGGUCAGCUGUGCUGCCAUUGACUCUAAUCUCCGCAGCGGAAGUGUCUCAGAUGAAGAGUUUACAGACCUCUUGAAAAUCCAGCCCAAAACCUUCGCUGUGAGCAUGCUUCCAUGCUGUAAGCAAAACAUGCUGAUUGAAGCCCAAAAGAAGGAGGAAACCAUUUGCAUGGAGGUUGAGUCUUCCAGGAUUGAAGUGAGAAACGCAAAGUGGUCUUAUUUCAAGGCCGCUUUGAAGCGAGACCAGCUGUUGCUGCGCAAUGUGGAGUCAGCCCCUGCCAAGUUGGCAGCCAUGCAGCAUCGAUUGGAGAUGCGAUGGCGGGAGGAGCAGGCGGCAGCUGGAGAAAAGGCUGUGAAGGCAUACAUGACAAAGUGGCUGCGCGUUGUUUCCAUCGACAAGGUUGAGCACAUGGCCAAGGAAGUGGCAGACUACCUACGGUUCAUUGCAACUCGCAACCUUCUGAGUUUUGCAAAAUGUCACAACUCGACUGUGGAGAACACUUGCGUGAUUGGCUACGCCGAUUUGAACGCCCCCAAUGCGCAGUCAAAGACCAGGGUGAAUGACAUUGCAAGAGCGUUGGCAAUGUUGAACGACAUGAAUGGCGACCUCAAUGUCUCAGUGGUGGAGUUCCCAGACACACCACGGGCUUCAUCCAAGCGUGGCCUUGCGGAUGAGGAGUUGGAAAUCCAAACCAGCUUCUGGUCCGUGAAGCAGUUCUGCGAUGUGAGAUUCAUUCUGCCGUUUGAACUCCAUGCGGUCGGAGAAACGCUGACAAAACGAAGGCGUUGGUCCACGGGCCGCCUUGUGGUAUCCAGUGCCAAUGCCGACACCAACAAGUGGCUCAAUUCGAGUGAGCUAUCCAUCGCAGGGAGACCACUCUCUACCGAUACGAUCUACUUGCCAAGGCAAAGAGAUUUGCUUCUCCCAGAAUCAGUUUCAGCAGACGAUGACUUGCGCUUGGCCGAUCGGACCCGACCGAGCCCAGAGCAGGUCUCAGCUCAAAAGGGCCGCGAGAAAAUGAACGCAAUGUGGGGCAGCCUCUUCAAGUUGAGCGAGUGGUCACCGCCGGGCCCAGUCCUUUUGGUCAACUUGACUGGCUACGUUGAAGACUGUGGGGUGAGCGUCUUUGACCUGAAGACAGCUGCGGCUACUGGCGGCCAGUGUAGCUUCAAGGACCGGCUGCAUUACCUCUCCUUGCACUUUUUGGACUCGCCUGAAUUUGGUGCAGCCCGCAUCUUGCGUGAACUCAGCGAUGCUUGGCUGGAUGGCAAGGCUGAUUUGGCCGGUGCGAAGUUCCAGAAGGACCCUCCCACCUUGCCAGAGGAGGAUAUUGCAAAGAUUCCUGGGGCAAAGGUCGCCGCAGGGGCGAUUGACCAACUCAAGUUGGAAGUCCUGGUCAGGGAUGGUACCAAGAUCAUCAUCAAACCUGAUGAGGCCCGCUUCUGGCAGGUCCAGGGCGAUGGGCUUGCAGCUGACUUUGAGUCCCUGGAAAGUCACCACCGACAGAACUUUAUGGAGUGCCCUUUGGUCUUGAAUGAUGGGUCUGUUGUCUACUAUUCACCAUGUGAGAUUGUGGCUACGGAGCGCCCCGAAGCCACUUCUGGUGAUUCCGGGAUUGCCGCCCCUCCAGUGUGGCCUAGCCUUGAAGAGCUUGAGAAACAGGAUACCAUUUCUGAAAGGGUGAUGUCUGAAGUGGCAGGUGUGGAACUCGUAGCGGGUUCUUCAGGGGCUGUGUACCUCCUUGCUUCAAAAGACAAAACGAUCCCAAAGCGAGCUCAAUUGGGCGGCUACGGCACCGGGCAAUAUGUGAACGCCGAUGCUGGUGAAGGGGUCCCAUACGAGUUUCCAACAGGGGAUCAGGAGCUGGUCCAAUUUGAUGAAUGCUCUUUGAAGCCAGAUUCCUCCAAUGUGGAGACCAUGACCCUCUACAAGCUGAUCGUGACAGUGGAAAAAGCAAAAAAGCUUGCAGCGGUGAACAUGUCCUUCUUAGAUGCCCUUCUUAGAUGUGAAGCGCUCAGAAGCCUCUGA